CAAAAGUGCUGGUUUUUCACCAUCUUCCAAAGAACACAACACAUGGAAACUCCGAUCAAGAGAAACACAUUGUCUCUUGUUAGUUUGAGUACCCAGAGGAAAGACAAAGGCAUAGUGUUUCCCCUUGUGAGGUAUAAUGAAUUAUGUCAGCCUAUUUGCCAGAUUUGUAAUGUGGUACUUAUGGCGGAGUCUACAGGUGUACACCUAACUUCUCCCGAGCAUAUCCAGGUAUUGGAAAAUUUGAAAGCUAAUGCAGCUAGAUCAACUGAGUAUAACAAUGCAAAGCCUGUUGAUGGUACCAACCUGCCCAAGGCUAAUCCAGAACAACCUCAAGUUGGAGAAGGCCAACUGCCUGAAUGUUCACAACAUGUUCCGAAACAUUGGUCAACGGAGAUGCUACCACGGGAUUUUUGUGAGGGCAGUGGUAAAACAAGAACAAGAUCUGUGAUGGGUCCUCCUGAAGAACAAGAAGAAUGGGAAUCAAACACCAACUUUGCAACGAUGAAAUCUGAAGAUUCAUCUUCCACAGGUGAAGUUUUGGGACAUUUGAGACGCGGAAGACCACGUAAAACAAAGCCUACCGAGUUUGUAAUCAACCAGACAUGGAGUCCUUCAUCAACACCCCGAAGAUCUAAAAGAGUAAAACAUGUGGCGGAUAGAACUGCCAAAAAUGUGCUUAAAGUAUCUUCAUCUGAGGAUUCAAUGAAGGGGCAAACAAGUACUGCAGAAAAUUCACAAGUAGAUGGGAAAGGGCAAACAAGCAAGUCCCCAUCAAAGAAAACUUCCCCUACAGAGCUUUCAACUAUUGAAAUUUUAAGUUCUACUACUGCAUCUCUCCAUCGUCAAGAUCCUCCUUCACCUGGUCAUAUUGAAAAUACAAAGACUGCUGAGCAAGUAUUGAGUAAAAGCCUCAUCAAAGAGUCAGAGAAGGUGAACCAUGCUCCAGCCAAUGCUCAAGAUCAGGUUGAUGAAGUCUCUACUGUAAACACCCCACUCAAUCGAGAAGCCAUUAACAAGAUGAUCGAAGAUGACCCUUUGAGUGCUAUUGAAAAUAUUCUGACAGGGAAGAUUUCCAUUUCUUCCAAGAUGCCACAAUCAGAACAACUAAAAGCUCAAAGUUCCUCUGCUGUUGUUCUGUUAAAAGAGCUAAAAGACUUGAUGCAGACCUUUAGUUUUGGUGAUUUUGUUGCUGACUAUGAACAAAUCUCAAAGGCCCUACUUAUUCUUGAAGAGUUGCAGAAGAAUGAGAAGUCUCUUUCUCUUGCCCAGCAAGACUUCAUAAAUGCUUUCAGACUCUUCUUCAACAAUGCUGUUACUCACCGCAAAGAAUGUGAUAUGGCCGGAAUGAAGAAAGUUGAACUGGACGAAGCUAAACAAGAUAUCUUUGUUAAACUGCAAGAAGCUAAACAUACACACCAACAAAUCACUACAUCCAUUUCGAAUGCCAACAAUAGGGUCAAUCAAAUAUCUUCUUGCAUUCAACAAAUUGAAGAACAGUUAUCCAAACUGAAGGAAGAGAGGGAAACUUUUGAGUUGGCUAUUAGUGAAGGCCAGAAACAAAGAGAAACACUAAAGAAUGAUGUCAUCGUGUGGGCUCAUCAGGCUAAAGAUCUGGUUUUUGAUCUUGCAGAGAUUGAGGCCAAAGAAAAAACCCUUGGAGAUCAACUAGAAGCAGACAAAGAUGCAUAUGUCCUAUUUAGAGCAUCUUUUCCAUUUUAAUUUCUCUUACAGUUGGUAGUUGUAUUACACUCCUAUGUUUAGUUCAUGUAUGAUUAGUUUAUGUUCCUUCAAGUGUUUUGGAUCUGGUUAAGGGUAGAAUUAUAACCUUUGAUUAGAAUAC